UCACAUCGGAACAUCCAAACUAGCCAGCCUUCACUCAUCCACAGGCCUGCUCAUCAAGUAGGAGUAUUAAUUCCUGGCUAGCAGCCAAGUAAGCAUGAGGUCUCUGCCGCUGCUUCUGCUCGUUUCGGCCCUGCUGCUCGUACUGGCGUCGUCGGCGUCGGCGGAGUGGGCACCGGCGGACCCGCGCAGCGAGGUGAUCCAGCAGGUGGGGCGGUUCGCGGUGAUCGUGUACGACCUGGCGCACCGCCGCCGCGGCGCCGGCCUGACGUACGUGGGCGUGGCGCGCGGCGAGACGGAGGCGGCGGCGGCGGGCGGCGCCGGCACCUUGUAUUAUCGCCUGGUGGUGGCGGCGGCCAAGGCCGACGGCAGCAGGGCGCACUACGAGUGCCUCGUGUCCGGCGUCGCCGGGUCCAGCCUCGACACGUGGAAGCUCCGCUGGUUCAGGAAGAUCGUGGUUCCAAAAGAAAAGUCAGAGUACGUGCACUGUUCACCGUGCACUAGAGCCAUGGCCACACUAAACAGAAUUCUCUUUCCGUUCCUCCUGGCCGCCUUCUUCGCCAUUGCCCACGCCGAAGAAAGCUACACGGCCACUGCGCCUGCGUCCCAGCCGCCGCCACCUCCAUCGCCGGCGUCCCCGCCGCCGCCGCCUCCAAUGCAGGCGUGGACGCCCGUGGGGGACGUGAAUGACAUGUCGAUCCGGCAGGUGGGGCAGUUCGCCGUGCGCAUCUACGCCCUGACCAUGCGGGUGGACCUGGCGUUCGUGGGCGUCGUCGGCGGGCAGACACAGCCGCGCGUCGACGGCGCCGGCGGGUUCAUGUACCAGCUGGUGGUGGCCGUGGCCGGGACGGGAGCCAAGGCGCCCACGUACGACGCGCUCGUGUGGGGCGUCCUCGGGACGCGCAACUGGGAGCUCCGGUCCUUCAAGCCCAAGUGAUUUGAUAUGCGCGCGCAGGGGCAUGCAGGGAUUGAUCGUGCCAGUGCGUGGAUGUACGCGAGUCCGGGUGGUCCUUGAGUAGUUACCGUGUCUCUUUGGUGUUGGAGCUCGAUAUGUUUUGUUGGUUUGUAGUUUCCGUUUUAUCCGUGUUCUUUACCGUGGCAUCCGAAAACUCACUUUAACUUGUCCCCUUUUUUUACCA